AUGGCUUACACGUUGUACGCGCCCCAGGCCGGCUCCCGCGCCUUCAAGAUCUUGAUCGCUGCCGAAUACAACGGCGUCGACCUCAACGUCCCCGAGAAGUUCGUCAUGGGCGUCGACAACAAGACGCCCGAGUUCCUCGCGCUCAACCCGCUCGGCAAGGUCCCGUCGAACGCGAUCGCUCGCUACGUCGCGCGCCUCCGCGCCGACACGGGCCUCACGGGCAAGACCUUCUACGAGUCGGGCCAGGUCGACCAGUGGGUGGACUUUGUCACGAACGAGAUGGAGACGCCGCUCGCCGCCCUCCUGUACCCGAUCUUCGGCUACGCCAAGUACAACCACGACGUGCACACGAAGGCCAUUGAGGACCUCAAGAAGUCGCUCCACAUCCUUGAGAACCACUUGCUCCUCCGCACGUACUUUGUCGGUGAGCAGGUCACUCUCGCUGAUAUCUGCGUCUUUGGUGCCUUGCUCUACCCGUUCAAGUUCAUCUGUGACAAGGACUUCCGCAAGCCGUUCUCGAACCUCUCCCGCUGGUUCUCGACGGUCGCCAACCAGCCCGAGUUCGCCGCCAUUGUCGGUGAUGUCCCGCUCUGCGACGUCGCCACGGUCGCCGAGGGCGCCCCGGUCAAGGAGGUCAAGAAGGCCGCCGCCCCGGCCAAGAAGGAGAAGAAGGCCGCCGCCCCCAAGGACGACGAGGAUGACUUCGAGGCCCCCAAGGAGAAGAAGGUCGAGCACCCGCUCGCCAUCCUCAACCGCGAGUCGCCGGCUUCGAUGAAGCUCGAUGACUGGAAGGUCUGCUACUCGAACACCAAGGACCUCUCGAAGGCCAUGGAGUGGCUCUGGGCCAACGUGGACACGAAGGACUACUCGUUCUGGUUCAUGAAGUACAACUACAACGAGGAGAACAAGAAGAUGUUCAUGACGUGCAACGCCGUCGGCGGCUUCAUCCAGCGCUCGGAUGCCAUGCGCAAGUUCUCGUUCGGUGUCAUGGACGUCCUCGGCGCCGAAGGUGGCCUCAUCGAAAUCGUCGGCUGCUGGAUGUUCCGCGGCCAGUCCGCUGAGCACAUGAUCGAAGCCAACCCGGAUGCCGAGUACUACACGUGGACCAAGGUUGAGACGCUCGACGACGCCGCCAAGGCCCGCAUUGCCGCCUACUGGUGCAACGAAGACGACCUCGAGGGCAAGCCCAUCGCCGACGGCAAGGUCUUCAAGUAA